UUUUCCUUGUGAAAUAUUAUACUUCUUCCAUAUCAAUGAGUGCUUAUACCCCACAUUUGGCUCCAUCACACUGAACUUCUCCCUCAAUAAAUACCCUUCUAGGAGGCGUGUGUCCUCCACAAUUCUCCAUCUUUCCUUCAUUAAUUGCCUUCAUUUUCUUCACCAUUCUCAUUCCUUUUCUCAUGGAGACCACCAACGGAACAUCUUUCAAUAACCAAAAGUUCACUAUUCCGGUGGUGAAUGAUGUUGAGCAACAAACAAGCAUGGAACUUGAAGCAAAAGACGACUUCAAUUACUCAAAACGAUCACAAUGGCUACGAGCUGCAGUCCUAGGCGCCAACGAUGGACUUGUCUCCACUGCAUCACUGAUGAUGGGUGUUGGUGCAGUAAAACAAGACAUUAAGGCCAUGAUACUAACCGGUUUUGCCGGUCUGGUAGCUGGGGCUUGCAGCAUGGCCAUAGGUGAGUUUGUUUCUGUGUAUUCACAGUUAGAUAUUGAGCUGGCGCAGAUGAAAAGGGACAAGCAAAGAGGUGAAAAUAGAGAAACAGAAGCAGAAGAAGAUGGAAAAGAAGGAGAAAAGGAGUCGUUACCAAACCCUUUGCAAGCAGCUGCAGCCUCGGCUCUUUCAUUUUCAGUGGGGGCAAUGGUGCCAUUGCUAGCUGCAUCUUUUAUAAGGGAGUAUAAGGUGAGGCUAGGUGUAGUGAUUGGAGCAGUGACCUUGGCUUUGUUGGUGUUCGGAUGGUUGGGGGCUGUGUUAGGGAAGGCUCCAACGGUGAGGUCUGCAGUUAGGGUGUUGGUUGGCGGGUGGCUGGCUAUGGCUAUCACCUUCGGCUUAACCAAGUUGAUUGGAUCAAGUGGGCUUUGAGCAUCCUCUUUCCAUGCCUUUAGGCUAAUGUGAGUCACGGAACUGUUACCAUGUUGCUUUUGUCUGAUAUAUUUUCCUACGUUGAUAUUUCCCAGGACGCAAUAUAUGCAUGGGAAGAUGGGUUACUCUAUAUAUUGACAAUAUAUUCAGAAAGGGUACUUAAGUAGAAUUGUUCAUGUAAUAUCUAAGUAUCUCCAUUUAACUUAAAUAAGUAUAUAAAUAACUUCCUUAUAAGAUGA